ACAAGUUACAAGGUACUGAGCUCGGUCUGUAGCCGUUCUUUCCUGACAUGUAACAGAGCUUCUGUUGCUGAGCAAACAGUCUCUUUAACAAAUGCUGUCUAUUGAACCUGCUUGACAGAGAUAAAGUAACAGCUUUACUACUCCGAGACAGUUUUUCUUUCUUCAAAAGACUUUCUGUGUUACUGUUGUUACCAACUUGGCAUUCUCGUUCUUGUUUUCGUUGCUGAUUCACCGGGAGGAUUCUAGUCAUUUUCAUUUUCUUCUUUUGAAUUAAAUUAAUGUGUUAGCAAAGAAGGAAAGAAAGCAAAGAACGCAACAGUUUACAUGUUCAGCCGAUCUCCUAAAUAGAAACCAAAAAAAAAAAAUCUUUGUGAAGAAGUCGGUCUAGACAGCGCGUGCGAGGAUGGGGAAGCAGAACAGUAAACUGCGCCCAGAGGUGCUACACGACCUGCGGGAGAACACCGAGUUCACAGACCACGAGCUCCAGGAGUGGUACAAAGGCUUCCUCAAAGACUGUCCCACUGGACACCUGACUGUUGAAGAGUUCAAGAAAAUCUAUGCAAACUUCUUCCCUUACGGAGAUGCAUCCAAGUUUGCAGAGCACGUGUUCCGCACCUUUGACACCAACGGAGACGGGACUAUAGACUUCAGGGAGUUCAUCAUUGCACUCAGUGUCACGUCUCGGGGGAAACUGGAGCAGAAGCUGAAGUGGGCGUUCAGCAUGUAUGACCUUGAUGGGAACGGGUACAUUAGUCGGGGAGAAAUGCUUGAAAUAGUACAGGCGAUUUACAAAAUGGUGUCCUCUGUGAUGAAGAUGCCAGAAGACGAGUCCACUCCAGAGAAGCGCACAGACAAGAUCUUUCAACAAAUGGACGCAAACAAUGAUGGUAAACUUUCUCUUGAGGAGUUUAUUAAAGGUGCCAAGAGCGACCCUUCCAUUGUGCGUUUGUUACAGUGCGACCCCAGCUGUGCAAGUCAGUUCUGAUUGGACAUCUCACCUGUCUGGACACUUUAAAGUGAACCACUGGCUUUGCUUGCAAAUGGAUGCCUUUUCACUCAUUUCUAGAUCAUUGGUGGACACAAAUUCAUUGCCACAUUCUGACGGUUUCUUUUUUCUUUUUUUUUUGUGUAUCAAAGUGGAAGCAGCAUUGUGCUUGACUUAUGCAACAGUUUUAUUUUAGGAUGAUUUAUUAUUAUUAUUAUUAUUAUUAUUAUUAUUAAACCCACAGGUAUAAAUAACUGUUCCAUAUGUCAGCUUCUUUUAAGUUAACUGUUAUGUUUACAGCCAGUUAUAAAGAGCUAAUGUGUAACAAUAAGUAGCUGAUGUAGGUGAGACUGCCCAUUUCGAGAUGCUGUUUUAAAAGAAGCACCUACUGGGGAAGGGUGCACCUGUUUGUCAAAUUCCAACUGAAUGUAGUUAAGAUGUGAAAAGAUGCAUUGAAUUGGUUUGAUAUCUUCUCUUUAGCAGACUUGCUUGUAUGUAUGUAAAUGUAACUCUCUGAAUUUCGUUGCUUAUAUUGUGAAGUAAACUUAUGGGAGCACUAUGUAUUGAAUGAAAUUGUAGUUGUUAAAAAAAACCAAAUAUAUAUAUAUAUAUAUAUAUAUAUAUAUAUAUAUAUAUAUAUAUAUAUAUAUAUAUAUAUAUAUAUAUAUAUAUAUAUAUAUAUAUAUAUAUUAUUUCCAGUACUGAUUCAAAGUGCAGAUUGAUUGGCAAAUGCUAUUCUUUUUUGUGAUGCUUAAUCACUAGUGACUUUGCAUGACCAUAGUUUUGUGGAUAUAUUUGUAUUGAUUUAAGUAAUUAAUGUAACAUUUUAGUAAAUACAAAGAAUGGAAGUUAUUAUUAUUUUUGUUUUUUAAUAUAUAAUUAACAUUACUAUGUUAUUCUUAAUGAUCCUGACCAAAAAGGCUCAGAGUUAAUGUAUAUGUUUUAGUGAAACGUGACCUUUUCAUUGGUGCAGAAUACAACCAAUUACUGGUAGACAGCAUUUGUUGUAUCCUUUUGCAAAAUCUCUAGAUAGAUUACUGUCCAUAUGUUUAUAAUGAACCUUGUGCAUUCCAGUGUUACUUGAUAUUAUUUUCAUCUGCCUACUGCCAACAAAUGUAAUUAAAAAUAAAGUCUACCUUUUUCGUGUGA